AUGGUGUUGAAGAAGAGGCUAGAUUUUGGAUUUGAUGGCUUCCAGGUGCCUUCUAUACCUAGAGCUCCCAGAUCAGCUAGAAGGAGGGGCCCACAUAAGAAGUCGGUUGACAAUGGGCAGAUCUGUGCAUUUGAAUUACUGGCUUCAUUAGCUGGCAAGUUAUUGCAGGAGAGUGAAAGUUCUUCUGCCUCUAGUAAUGCUUCUGAAGGAAAUUCGAAGCCUGCCUUUGGCAAAGAUGUUAAGCAGGAAAGACAAGAUGAGCAUAAACCUCUAAAAGAAGAGUGCCUUGAUCAGGGAAGCUCUGAAGAAAGUGUUUCUCUAGAGCUGACCUCCCAAAACAUCGACCGGAAGUUUAUUCUCAAAGAAUUUCCGCAUGCCGAGAGUGAUACUGUUUUGGAACACACUUCAGUUAUUACAAAUUCUGACAGCUCAGCGAAAGCUGGAGGUCAUAUGAAGUCUGUAAUUUGCAGUAGCAGGCCCAUAUUUCAAAGUUAUUCCAGUAAAGUAGAGGGAGGCUCCCAGGGUAUUGGGGAGUCCUGUUAUGGUAAUGUAGCAAAUGGAGUUGAAGUACAGAAAGAUAGUGAGCAAUUAGAAACUGGAGCUUUGACUAGGGCUAACCCAUGCAGUUCCAAGAAUCCAACUGAAUUGCAUGCAAAAUAUCCUGCAAUGCUCAAUGGAGACAAUAAUGUCAAAUUGUCAUUGUGCAACAAACCUAGCAACAAGGUGAAGGUCUUUAGGCCUUCACCCCGUAUUGGAGACCGAAGAAUAAGGAAAUUACUGACAUCCAAGUACUGGAAAGUGGCUCCAAAAUUAAGGGAUUGUGAACACUACAGAUAUGAUGGGGGAAUAAAACCUAUUUAUCACAAAAGGAAAACCUUAUACAGCCGGGAAAGAUCUCAACGCGACACUCUUUAUAAGAGGAGGAAAUUGGUUGACCGGAGCUCAGUAGUGACUUCUGAUGGAGGGUUCAGUGGUGAAAGUGUUUCUAAUUCACCUGAUAACGGAAAGAAAAGUGGUCCUGCUGAAAACGGGGUAUCAGCUUCAGUUAUAGGUCAUCAAGCAUCUUCCCAUUCCAAGGAAUCUCAUGUGAAAUUCAGAAUCAAAUCCUUUAGGGUACCAGAGCUUUUCAUUGAGGUCCCAGAAACUGAAACUGUCGGUUCUUUGAAGAGGACAGUCAUGGAGGCAGUGAAUUCCAUACUUAGAGGUGGAUUAAGUGUUGGAGUACUUGUUCAUGGGAAAAAGGUUAGAGAUGACAACAGAACUCUACUGCAGACCGGAAUUUCUUGCAAAGAUAAUUUGGAUUCUCUGGGUUUUACUUUGGAGCCUAGUCUUGUGCAAGCUCCUCCAUCUUUGUGUUCGGGCGAUCCUCCUCCUUCAUUAUCAUGUGAGACUUCGGUGCUGUUGACCAGGUCCCCAGGCACACCUGUCUUAGACUCUGUGAUGUCUGAUGCGUUAUCUGAACCCCCACCUCUAACCCAUUCAGGCAGUCUUCCUGAAAGCACUAGUUGCUAUUCCAGAAAUGAGCAUGGAGCCACUAGCUGUAGUUCCUGUGAACCAAAAACUAAGCGAUCUGAGCUUGUACAGCGUCGAACCAGGAGACCAUUCUCUGUGUCAGAAGUUGAAGCAUUGGUGCAGGCAGUUGAGGAACUUGGAACCGGAAGGUGGCGUGAUGUUAAAUUGAGUGCAUUUGAGAAUGCAGAUCAUCGAACAUAUGUGGACUUGAAGGAUAAAUGGAAAACCUUAGUUCACACCGCAAAAAUCUCUCCUCAGCAAAGAAGGGGAGAGCCUGUUCCUCAGGAGCUUUUGGACAGGGUAUUGGCUGCCCAUUCUUACUGGUGCCAACACCAAGCUAAGCAACAUGGCAAGCAUCAGGGCGGUAUUAUGAAAAUUACAGAGGCCCCGACUGAUAAGACAUGGAGCUGA